UCCCCCUCGUGCCGGGCCCCGCCGAGGGGCAGGCGGCCAGCCCUCGCCCCCGCCGCCCGGCUGCGGCUGCCGCGCCCCUCGCCUCCCGCCGCAGGGAAGGGGCAGCGGCGACUGCCAGGCGGCAGGAGAGGAGGGGAGGGGAGCCGCCGGCGGCUCGGGCAGCGCGCUGCGGCUGGGUCUCCGGGGAUGGACUGGGCUUCGCCCUCCGCCUCAGGCUGCCCGCGGAGAGGAGGGCGGUAACCGGCCGCCCAGCCCGCCGGGGAGGAGAGGCACCCCCGCCUGCGCUGCGGGGCGGCACGACCCUGUUCACGCCCGGUUAAAUGUCACGGCUCCCCAGCUGCUCCCCGCCGCCGCCCCGCGCGUCGCUCACCUCGGGAGGGGGCUGUGAAGGGGGCGGCAGAGGCAGCCCUGGCUGCGGCGCGCCCCGCCGCCGCUCGCCGUGAGGGAGCGCCCAGGCAGCCGCCAGUAAGCGAGCAGUGGAACUGGAAAACUUGGCAGCAAACUGUUUUCCUGCUUGUAUCUGCGGAACCUGGUUUGCAAGCUGUAUUAGCUGCAUUAAAGCAAGUACCUGUUUCUUGAGAUGACCUUGCUUCACUAAUAUCUGUGGUUUGUAACAAGCUACAGUAUUACAACUGUUGAUAUGAAGAUAAACAGUCUGGAGGAGGGAAGUAGUGGAAGACUAUCAUCACAAGUGUGAGCAAUGAGCAAUUUCAACCUGGUGCAGUGAUCAUCUCCAGGACUUGAACCCACUAAGUCUUAAGGUUCGUUUCAAGCAUUUUGAGUGUGGUGCCAUGAGACAUGCUGUUGUCCAUGACAGGUUGGGAUUAUCAUGAUCAAGUGCUCUAUUUUGACUUCACCCAGUGGCUAAAAGAUUUGUAUGGUAAAGAGGAAGUAUUGGACUUCUUUUAAAAGCAUUAAACAGGCCCGUGACGGAGGGUUAGACCAGAUCAGUGGAGUCAUGUGUCACACAGCUCUAUCAUGCUGGCAGCCAUUACUGGGUCUGGCUGUGCUGCUAGUCUUCAUGGGCCCCACCAUAGGCUGCCCAGCCCGCUGUGAAUGCUCGGCACAGAACAAGUCCGUCAGCUGUCACCGAAGGCGUCUGAUGUCCAUCCCAGAGGGCAUUCCCAUUGAGACCAAAAUCUUGGACCUCAGCAAAAACCGACUGAAAAGCGUCAACCCUGAGGAAUUCACGUCAUAUCCUUUGCUGGAGGAGAUCGACCUCAGUGACAAUAUAGUUGCCAAUGUGGAGCCUGGAGCCUUCAACAAUCUCUUCAACUUGCGCUCCCUGAGACUGAAAGGAAACCGCCUGAAGCUGGUCCCCCUUGGUGUGUUCACUGGGUUGUCAAACUUAACAAAGCUCGAUAUAAGUGAAAACAAGAUUGUCAUUUUGCUGGACUAUAUGUUCCAAGAUCUGCAUAACCUAAAAUCCCUGGAGGUUGGGGACAAUGAUUUGGUUUAUAUAUCACACAGGGCCUUUAGCGGACUGCUUAGCCUGGAGCAGCUCACCCUGGAGAGAUGCAACCUCACAGCUGUACCAACAGAAGCUCUUUCUCACCUCCACAACCUCAUCAGUCUGCAUCUGAAACAGCUCAAUAUUAAUGCUUUGCCUGCUUAUGCCUUUAAAAGACUGUUUCGCCUGAAAGACCUAGAGAUAGAGGCCUGGCCCCUCCUGGACAUGCUACCUGCCAACAGCCUAUAUGGUCUCAACCUGACUUCUCUGUCCAUCACCAACACCAACCUGUCUGCAGUACCUUACUCUGCUUUUAAACAUCUGGUUUACCUGACACAUCUAAACCUCUCCUACAACCCUAUCAGCACCAUUGAAGCAGGCAUGCUUUCAGAUUUAGUGCGCCUGCAGGAACUCCACAUGGUGGGGGCCCAGCUACAUACCAUUGAAUCACAUGCUUUCCAAGGGCUCCGAUUCUUACGUGUGCUUAAUGUGUCUCAAAACCUGCUAGAAACCCUAGAAGAGAAUGUAUUCCAUUCCCCCAAAAGCCUUGAGGUCCUCUGCAUUAACAACAAUCCUCUGGCCUGUGACUGCCGUCUCCUUUGGAUUUUACAGAGGCAACCUACUUUGCAGUUUGGAGGCCAGCCACCAAUGUGUGCUGGCCCAGACAGUGUCAAAGAGAGGUCAUUCAAAGACUUUCAUAGUACAGCUCUUUCCUUUUACUUCACCUGUAAGAAGCCCAAGAUACAAGACAAGAAGUUGCAAUACCUGGUAGUGGAGGAAGGGCAGACAGUGCAGUUGAUGUGCAAUGCUGACGGGGAUCCGCAGCCUACCAUAUCCUGGGUUACCCCACGUCGGAGGCUGAUCACAACUAAAUCAAAUGGAAGAGCCACUGUGUUGGGCGAUGGCACCCUGGAGAUCCGAUUUGCUCAAGACCAGGACACUGGGAUCUAUGUUUGUAUUGCAAGUAACGCAGCUGGGAAUGACACUUAUUCAGCCUCUCUUACAGUAAAGGGGUUUACUUCAGACCGUUUCCUUUACGCCAACAGGACCCCUAUGUAUAUGACAGACUCCAACGACACAAGUUCCAAUGGAACUAAUGUGAACACCUUCUCUCUGGACCUUAAGACAAUAUUGGUGUCCACAGCUAUGGGCUGUUUCACAUUCCUUGGAGUGGUUUUAUUUUGUUUCCUCCUUCUUUUUGUGUGGAGCCGAGGGAAAGGCAAACACAAAACCAGCAUUGACCUUGAAUAUGUCCCUCGCAAAAACAAUGGUGCUGUGGUUGAAGGGGAGGUUGCUGGACCACGAAGGUUCAAUAUGAAAAUGAUUUGAUGAUAUUCUGCUAGCAGUGCUUUUUCUGUGGCAUUAAAACCAAUUAAACCAGCCUGGCAUGUGGAAUUGCUAGGCAGAAGCAGCUUAAUGCAGCUGUCACUGUAUCAAAAGGUUACAUGAAAAUGGAAAGACUAUUUGUGGUUAUACAGCAGAGCCUCCAGAUCUUGAGGCAGAUAUGUCAGGGCCUUUCAUAGAACUGGUAAAUUGUACUAACUGUUUGCAUUGCAAAUAUUGGCAUUCUGGGGAUAUCAGCAAUGAACCGCUGGCUCAUGCUCAUGGACAAUUGUUCAACAUUUUCUACCACUAUAAAAAGAAAAAGAAAGAGAAAGAGAAAGAGAAAGAG